AUGAAUUCUCUCGGAGAACCUGUCACAGUGUCCGAAAAGCAAGGUUUUUGUGAGGAAAUGAUGAAACGCCUCGAUCUACAGCGAAGAAACGAACAUUUUUGUGAUGUAAUUCUUGAAGUUGGUUCAGGUGAUGAUCAAGCUCGUUUGAAGUGUCACAGAAUCGUGUUAUGUGCAGCAAGUCCGUUCUUUUACAACGCUUUGAACAAUGACAUGAAAGAGAAGAAAGAAGGUGUGAUCAAAUUGAAACAGACAAGUAAAAGUAUGAAGGAAGUACUGGAGUAUGUUUACACAGGGCAAGUCGAUGUCAAUGAAAACAACGCUUAUGAGCUCCUGGCAGCAGGGGACUAUUUUUUGAUUCCAAGCUUGAAAGAUUUUUCGGCUACUUUUAUUUUAAAAAAGCUUAGUGCUUUGAACUGUGUCGCUGCUUAUUAUUCAGCCAUUAAGUAUCGGUGUGAAAAAUUAAGGGAAGGAGCCAAGGAUUUUAUUCAUGCCCACUUUGAAACGGUCACAAAAUACGACGGGUUUCUAAAUUUGAGCGUUGAACAAGUGGAAGAUUGGAUUUCUAGUGACGAAAUAAUCGUGGAUGGCGAAGAGCGGGUCUUUGAGAUAAUUCUUAGAUGGUUCGAGGUACAUAAGGGAAGGAAUCAACGACAUUUUUACAACUUGUUACAUCACGUUCGGUGUGUUUAUGUGCCACAUGACUAUCUGUUUAAAGUCAUGUUACCUCAUCCUUUUGUGAACAAAAAUUCGAAGUGCUCGACUUUAGUGUUGGAAGCCAUGAAGAUGGCUUUUAAUGGAACAGGAGAAUGUUUCUUCUCCCAGUCACCAAGAAAUUGCCUGAAAACUCAUGAAGACGCCAUUUUUGCUGCACUCGCACUGGAGAAUAACAACAGGCACGGCCAAGUACACCUGUUAGGCUACUUCCCUUUGCUGGAUGAGUGGCGUCAACUUGAUCUUCCUGAUGAAAUGAAACUAAAAAAUUUUGAUGUUCUCACAAGUGCUUAUCAUGGAAAAUGGUAUCUUCUUGGUGAAGACAACAGAAAUCGUCGGGGAAGAGUUUCUUUUGGUGCAAGACCUUCCCCUAUAAAACUUGCUCAGCGUUACAACCCAACACUGAACCGAUGGGAUCCUGUCCAGGGUCCUUUAAAAGUGCUUCGUGGAUUUGCUGUAGUUACAUUCCAAGGUUUCUUGUUUGUUAUCGGUGGGGAGAGUGAGAAUGGCUUUAAACUGAACACUGUUCAAAGGUACAAUUCUGAAACAAAUAUCUGGCAGGAGAUUUCUCCACUGAGUAGCCCUAGAUCAAACCUCUGUGCAUUGGCUGAUGAACAAUACAUGUAUGCUAUUGGUGGAGAUGGCUACCUUAAAACUGUUGAAAGAUUUGAUCAGAGAACUAACACUUGGAAAAAGUGUCCUUCCAUUCGAACAGGUAGACAAAAUGCUGGUGGAGCAGCCAUGAAACAAAAAUUGUUUGUAUUUGGAGGACUUCAACCAAACUCAACGGUUGGAGACCCCUGUGAAAUGUACAAUUCAUCUUCCAACACAUGGACUGGAAUCUCGAGUGUGGUAGCACCAAGGGGCCGGGCAAGUGCUGUGAGUUUCAAAGGAAAGAUAUAUGUGUUAGGAUGCUUUCAUAAUGAACAGGGAAGAGAGGAGAACAAACAGUGUCUGAAAAUCUAUGACAUUGAUAAGAAUGACUGGGAGGACUGCAAAGACAUUCACAUUUCUGGUGACUUACGAUGCACACUUUCUUGCAUAAGGGUAUUAAGUAAAGUGGCAAACUCAUACCGUACAAAUGAAACCAAUGUUUUUUUAUAACUUGUCAAUUAUGUUGAAAUAUAUGUUAAUGAGAGAAGCAAAUUAGACAAUUUGAUAACGGGAAAGCCUAAUGAUUGUGAAUAUCUCUUACCAUGAGGAGAACAAUCUCUAUCUUGAUCAAUGUUUAAUCUCUGCCUGUCUAUCCUAGUAUCAUCCAAACUAUUUUAAAUAAAUGGGAGUAGAAAAUUGCUCUGAUUUGAGCUUCACACCGCUUUUAUUCAUGAACAGGUGGAGAGACUAAAGUGGGUGUUGUAUAUGCAAAUUUUGUGGCAAUUGCACAGCCUGAGGAGUCUGGGCAGAGCAUGCAACUUAAUAAAGAUGGCGAAAUAUCUCUACUGUGCGGUGCUAUCUACAAGUUCACCAUAGUAUCGCUUUGA